CGUUCACAGACUGGACAAAACCACUGUCAGGCAUUCAGAGUGGUCAAGUGGGAAGCCUGGUGGACGUUACCUAUCAGAGUCACAUGAGUGCUAUUUCUGCACUCACAGAGAGAAUGGGUAGCUACACAGUUACCACAUACCUACUGAAUAGCAGCCUUGCAUUUGAUGCUGGCCAUUGCUUCCCACCUUUCACUUUUCCUGAAACCUUCCAAGUGAAAAGUUUGACCUUUGACCCCAUCACAGGUGUCCUUUAUGUGCUGGGAAAUCAGGUGUGGGUGUCUUACAAUGGGAUCUCUCACUUCCAACAUGUGUUAACCCUGGGUGGUCAGCACGGCCAAGUGGACAGUGUCCAGUUCAGUCAUAACACUGGGUCAUUGCUGAUGAAGACCACUACUGGGACCAUCCUGUAUGGGAAAACUGGGAUAUCCAGACUUGCAGUAGUUCACGAGGCAACACAAAGUGAGCAGUCCAACAUCACAACAAUACAGGCCAGUCACGUGGGAACAAUGUACAGAGUGUGGGUGGACAGCAGCACAUUGGAGUUACAUAGACAGAAAAUUGAUGUCCAGCAGAAAAUGAUGAGUCUAGAUUGGUCAUUCAGCCGCCCACUGGCCAUCCAGUAUCUGAGUGACAGUGAGGUGGUCAUUUUUGAACAUGUGGCAGAAGGAGAGAUACCCACCCAAGCAGUGCCCAGGUUUUCUGAUUCCAAUGUUGGCCAAGCUUUUAGUCUGAAGAAGGGUGGCAGUGGUAUAAUCCAUCAUGUGAUCUAUCCUGCUGAGCCAUGGUCUGGCUUUGUUAGCAGAGUUUUGUUGAGAGUGAGGGAACCCUUCCACCAUGAAUCUAUGGGGGAAUCUCCAGCACAAGCAUUCAACUUAGGAAUUGUUCCAGUGAAUACCAAUGGUUCUGAGGUCAUGCUGACACUGACAGGUGGCCUUGAAAACAGCACAGGUUGGGUAACAAGUGACAUCGGAAAGACGGCCAUUGUAGUUGGUCACCCCAAUGUCCUUAUACUGGAUGUGGUCAAUGACACGGUGGCCACUGGUCAUCCUGUCCUGGCUGUGAGAGAGGAGGUUCAGGUGCUCACCAGGGCCUGGUAUAUGAUGAACCUGGGAAAUAGCAGCAGUGAGUCUGCCUGGUAUGUGAAAGAGGACAGAUGUCGCCAUGCUCUGAUGACAGAUACCAAGCUAAACAGCAGAUCUGUGGUAGCUCUGGACUUGGGAGAUAACUUCACUGUCAAAGCUGAAGUUGAGUUUAUAACAUCAGUUGGUCAAGAGGAGCAGUAUGGGUCACUGCUGGAAGUGACCAGUUCUAAUGCCAUACUUUUUGCCACACAUACGCAGUCCUUGGUCAAAGGAUCUGGACUCUCUGUCCUGUUAGAAAACGAGGAAUUUAGAAAGGGUGUGACUACCCUGACGUUCUACAUACCUACUGCCUCGCUGCUGUGUGAGAAGACAUCAUACACUGUCACUGCACAGGCGUGUUGUCCUGGCAACAAGUUCUUGGUUUUUCACUACCCUACAUUCAUCUCUGAUGAGGAUUACUUAACAGGGGAUCCACAAGAUGCCAAGGGGAUAAAACUGCUUUCUGACCUUCCGCCAAACUACCGCCCUCCAUCCCAGCUCGGUAUAGCCAUCCCCCUGACAGCUAACAUGUACCAUGCCGACCCCAGCAAACCUAGGGAAAAGAAUACAUAUCAAAUAUCAAAACAGUCUGGGAAAUACAAGCAGUGUGCAGGAAAGACAACCAGAGAUGAGUGUGGCUGCACCAGGGCCAUGAAGUUGUCUAACCUGGUCAAGUUUUCUGACUGCAAGGAAAGGGUCUAUAGCUUACAUCACCCAGCCCAUCUAGACCUGAACUUUAGCAUUGUACAGGAAGGAAAGCCAGAACGUCUUCUCCGGGAACCUUACAUCUACAGGGUAUAUGAACUCAAUGACAGGGUGGACUACUCUGUCUCUACUACAAUGACUCCUAUGUUGACCCACAUCAGACAUUACGAUAAGAUCAAGAACUCCACCAUAUGGUAUGCUGCCGAGGGAACAGAGCUCAUUCUUACUGGUACUGGUUUGUAUCACAUGAGAGUCUCUUUGAUACAUGGGAUGUCUUUUUGUGACCUGGAGGCUGAAUUGCAGGUGUAUGUGAUUGGGUCACCUAUCCCGUACCCCGUGAUGUACAUGAUAAACCUAGGUGGCGGCACUGUACUGCUGGGGAUCUUGUUCCUGGUCUACCUGGUCUACCUCCACGGACACCACACCUUCAGGGAGAGGAAACUAGGACCUCUGUGUAAGGAGCUCCAUGAUCCCAUCUUCAGAGAGGAGAGGAGAAACCUUCAUGAUUGAGACCAUAUGAACUCAGAGCUCCAUGUCCCAGUCUUUGAGACAGAAAGCAUCUGUAUAUGAAUGUAGACAAUGAAAAUAUUGACUUUUAUAAAGAGCCACAUUCUCCAGUCUUUGAGACAGAGAAGAGGUGAAAAUUUUGAACAUUGCUUGGAA